UGCUUCGCUGGGGGUAAACAAAGGACUUGCCUUAUGUUCUGCUCUGAGUAUAAAAGCCACAUCAUUUUGAUCAAAGUGGCGGCGAGGAAGGUUGGAAAAAUUUCUCUCUGUAUACACUUCAUGUUCAUACGAUGUCUGCCUCAAACCCGGUGCCGAGACUCUACAGAACUGUUGUCGACGAGGUGGUAAAAAAUGUCAGGGAAUCCUUUCUAAAUGAAGGAGUCGACGAGCAAGUUCUUCUUGAGCUUAAACAGCUUUGGGAAAGCAAACUGCUUCAGUCAAGAGCGAUAGAUUUUAUGCCAGCUGAUGCCUCUGUAAGAGUGAAUAUGAACCUCACUUAUCCUCUAACUAUGCCACAAUCAAGUGAACAGACUAGAGGCCAGAAAGUUGCAGUUGCUGGACAGAUAGUCCAAGCUGAUAAUGGAACAGGGCCAAUGGUGUAUGUCAGCCAUCACCCAACUUUAGCCAAUGUUCAACAGCUGAGUGCCCCAGCAGCACAAGCAGCAUUAGCAAUGCAAGGAGCAAGUCGUGAUGUAGGGGUGUCUUCUGGUGCUACCAGCACAGUCCAGCAAAUCCAAAACUCUCUUGCCCAUCAGAGUCAACAAAGCAAACAGCAACAACAACAACAGGUGCUUCAGCAUCAAUUCCAGCUUCAACAACAGCUACAACAACUCCAUCGACACCAUAUCCAGCAGCAGCAACAACAGCAACAUCAACAACAGCAACAACAUAUUCAACAACAACAAUCUCAACAACAAAAGAUCAUUUCCCAGCAUGCAGUUCAGCAGCAGCAACAGCAACAUGGGAAACAACUUCAACGUGUUGAACAUACUCAGAGCUCGCAGCAGCAGCAACAGCAAAAUACUGGAAUACAAGUUUUACAAGGAGAGCCCUCAACUACUGUUUUUGGGAUAUCGGCCGGUGGCAGAGGACCCAGGGUAAUAUACACACAGCCAGUACCACAACAGCAGACACCGCAACAACAACGAAUCCUUGCAUCAAAGCAAAUUAUUCAAGUUGAUGGUGCAGGCGACAGCAGCAGUGAUGAUGAUGAUAAUUAUGAUGACUUCGAUCAGUAUCCAAUCAAAGUUGAAUCAAGGAACGAAAACGACAGCGAGGCAAUUGAUGGAGAUGAGCAGGAUGAGGCCCUCAACACAGAUGACGAUAUUUCAGACGAGGAUCCAGCUGAGCUCUUUGAUACAGAUAAUGUCGUUGUAUGCCAGUAUGAUAAGAUUGCCAGAAGCAAGAAUAAAUGGAAAUUUUACCUGAAGGACGGGAUUAUGAACUUGAAAUCAAAAGAUUAUGUAUUUCAUAAAGCAAAUGGUGAAUCUGAAUGGUGAAAAUUCCCAGCAACGGUUCACGAUGAUUUGUUAGUGUAAAUGUAGAUUUUAUCGGCAUAUUUUAUCGUGAUGACGAUUUUUCUGUUCCUUCCUGGAGCAAUACUCUCAGCGAUAUGCCGUGAAGAUGGUGGAGAUAAUUCGUGACUUGGCUGUCUUCGGUUUGCUGACAUUUAUACGAGAAUUUGACAUUGUCUUAGUUAGGGAUUCAGCGAGCAUUUGUUUAGACUUUGUUGUUUGAUUGAAAGGGGUGGGAAAAGCGCAGUGCGCACUCGAUAACUAUUGUAAAAAGAAUAUCGGUAUAAUUUUUGUUGUCUUGAUAUAAUUGUGUUAUUUCAAUUCUUCUAAAAGAAUUAUCUAAAGUAGUAA